AUGCCGACCGCGUGGAACGCGUGGCCAACGCCACCUCUCUCUCGCAGUCCAAGCAAAUACUCGACUUCACCGCUUGCGUCGUUCGCGACAUCGACAUCGCCCGUCGACAGAUCGGGAGUCCUGUCGGCGCGCUUCGCGUCUACCCCACCUCCGGACCGCGACCUCCCUGUCCUUCCACCAGAGGUCCUGCGCCGCAUCAUCCGCGCGGCUCUCGCACUCGACCCCAGCGUCCCCGACGCGAUCGCUCUCGACUACCCGCCGCGUUCGACUCUCCCGUCCACUGUCCCCUCAGCCCUACCUUCCCCGGGUAUUCCAACCACCUCGCCACCCUCCUCCUUCCCUUUCAACAACCGCACCUUCAGCGCCCAUGCCUCCCAACCUCCCGUUGAUGACGUACCCGACAACAUCCCCGCCGAAUGGGACGCGUUCGCUGGUCGCGCUGCCCGCCGCCAGCUAGAACGUCGUGUUGUGCUCCGGGCCGACGUCGCUCGUACCGCACGUUCCAUGAUACGCGUGUGUCGUGCGUGGAAGGCUCUCGUGACAAAGUACCUGUACGCCGAGCCGGUCGUUACGGCCGACAACAUCACUGCUUUUGCCCACACCGUCGUCCAAGGCGACCGCAAGUGGAGCGACAUUAACAUACACCCUCACUCGUAUCCUGGCCGCUGGUUGACCGUCCUCGACCUCUCGAACUUGGGUGGUGGGCUGUAUUUUGGCGCAGAUCCGCUCACGAUCAAUGGCGCCCUCGGCGCACUGCUGGAUCUCACACCCGCACUGACGCAUCUUCGCCUCCCGCCUGCAGGGUGCGGGGUACGUCUUGCCGACCUCCGUCAUGCGGCCUGUAUCCGCCGUCUUCGUGCUAUCGAGGGCGUCCAUCUCACGGGCCGCAAGGCGGAGGAGGACGUCAUCCGUCUACUGCGUGCCACACGAUCUCUCGAGCUGCUCGGACUUGUGUGGGUCGAUUCGGCAUUGGAACCCGACGACGAACUGGAGGGGGAGGACCUUCCGGCUCCACCCUCCCUUUCGGCGCUGCACACCCUGACGUUCGUCGGUGGCGAGCCGGGACCGCUCUUAGCGACACUUACGCGCGCCGAGCUGCCCCGUCUCACGCGCCUUGUUAUGUCUCCGUACGACCACGGGUUGGUGGUGUGGGAAGAUGAUACCCUCCGCGGCGGCCUACGCGCCCUCCAGCUAGCCCACGGGCAUAAGAUCCGUUCCCUCACCUACGUCGCAACGCCCGGCUGGCCGCACCGCGACACUCUCCCACCAAAUGACACUCUCACACUUCACCCGUUACUUGCACACUUGCACCUCGCACUUCCGCAUGCGGUGCUGCACGACGCGCUGGACCUCGCGAGUGCCCUCGCUGACAAGUACCACCCUCUCAGCGCGAUCACGCUGCCACGAUGGCCCCGUGUCGCACGCCCUGACGCAAGCACGAGCCCCGCGGCCCACCAGGGAGGCGCCCAGUGCGAGUGGCCACCGGGAAACCCGUUCCUCGCAGCACUGCUUUCGAAGCGUAGCCGCAUUCGCACGGUCCGCAUUGACGGGUUCAACUGGAUCUCGCCGAGCCUUGGACGGUUCGCCGCCGAGAGCGGCGACAACGGGAUGAUGCGCCGCUGGUCGGUCGCGAUGGCGCGCACCGGCGUCGAGCUGCGCGACAUGGACGGAGCCGUGCCGCCUGUGAUUGAACGCGGUCGCCAGCGCAGCGUAGAGGGUAUGGCGAUCAGCGCGAUCCGGCGAAGUAUCGACCAGGGGCGGCGGCCGAGCUUUGCGCGGUGCGUCUCAGAUGAUAGUGACGGCGGAUAG